GGACUAUUGCCGGCUUCGGGAUAACAUUGCGGUGAUUUUUGACGUGUGGUGUAACUUACAGUCUGAUACGACAUCUCUCAGCACGGACCCGUGCGCCACUCCAAAGUUACAGGUCUGGCCAAACAACACUCGUGGUACCUCCAUAUCCAAGAUCUAACAACAUGGAUCUUCUACAGUCGGUACGCAAGGAGGGUAGCCGCGGCGGCCGUGGCGAUUUCAAAUGGGAUGAUGUCAAAGGCGACCAGCACCGCGAGAAUUACCUGGGCCACUCCCUUAUGGCGCCUGUCGGCCGCUGGCAACGCAACAAAGACCUCAACUGGUACGCGAAAGGCGACGCAAACCCCGACGACCCCGACCCCGAGAGGACAGCUGCACUUGCGCGUGCUGAAGAGCUGCGGAAAGUGAAGGAGGCGGAAGAAGAUGCCAUGGCUGCUGCGCUCGGGCUGCCUCCGCCUGUGAGGGAUCGGAGCGGCGCGAACGCGGUGCCCGUUGCAGCAAGAGAGGGCAUAAGUGACAAAGAGAUGCGCAAGGCUGUUGCGGAGGGAAGAGACGACGAUCAUGAUGGUCUUGGUCGUGGAACAGGCUUCACCAAGCUUGGUGGUCCGAAUAUGCCUGCCGACGAAGCAAGAGAUGUUCUUGAGGGCGACGUUGUGGAGGGUGGUCUCCGAGGGGAGAAGAGAUCAAGACAGAGAAGUAGGAGCCGUGAUCGGAACCGUCAACGACAUGAUGAUCGACAUCGGAGACGACGUGACCACGACGAUCGCGACAGGCGGCGAAGGAGAGACAGCUCUAGAAGCAGAAGUAGAGAGCGACACAGGCGACAUAGGUCUCGAUCUCGAGAUAACGGAAGAGACAGCAAGAGACGCCGGUCGAGAAGCAGAGAGUAUCAUCAUCAAAGAGCUCGGCCGCGAUCAGACCAUGUGCGGAUCCGCUCGCGCUCAAGGGACAGGAACACCAGGCGCCGAGAUCGAAGCCACUCGCCCGACCGAGGUUCUACUAGGGGGCGCAAGCAUGACUGAAAGAGCUUCUGAUUGAUACCCGAAAUAUAUUAUUCCAGCCUGUUCGUGUGGAACCCAAUCAUAUCACAUCACCAUGCUACACCUUUAGAAACAUCAGUGGAGAAUCCCAUUCCUUAGAUUGGCGGGAUCAGAGCUGUCCUGAGAAGCCUGCCCGCAGGUUCCAGCCAUAUCUAUCCUCACUGGAUACCACUAUGAAUUUC